CAUUAACAAUGGCAAAUUUAACCGAUGAUAGAUCGUCUUCAACUUCGAUUAUUUCUGUUCCAACCCUAAUGCAAACUAGUAUGGGGGUGGUUAAAAAGAGAAAGGCAGGGAGGAAGAAGUUCACAGAGACUAGGCACCCAGUUUACAAAGGUGUGAGGCAAAGGUGUGGGAAGUGGGUGUGUGAGCUGAGGCAACCGGAUCACAAGAAAUCACGGAUAUGGCUCGGAACUUUCACUAGCCCUGACAUGGCUGCUAGGGCUUAUGAUGUUGCAGCCUUGGCUCUCAAGGGUGAGUCUGCUUCACUCAACUUUCCUAACGAGGCAACUGCUUUGCCGCGCUUCGAGUCGAAUGCUUAUACCGUAAAGGACAUACAACGUGCUGCCUUAGAGGCUGCCGAGGCAUUCUUGGAGGUUAAAGGUAAAGCCUCUUCAUCUUCUUCUUUGAAGUUGGAGAAGGUAGAGGAAGAAGAGGUGAGAAAAGUUGUGUAUUUGGAUGAGGAGGAGUUGUUCAACAUGCCGGGGUUGAUUGAUAGCAUGGCUGAGGGUUUGAUCCUCACUCCACCAUCCCUGCAAAAGGGUUUUAAUUGGAACGAAUAUGACGACGACGACUGGGGGAAUAAUACUACUGACAUUUCCUUGUGGAGUGACUGAUUCUUUUCAAUAUUUUUUCUGGCGGGCGGGUACUUCUAUUUAUUCUUAAUUUGAAUUUGAUCAUCUUGUAGUUGCUCGUUCAAUUCAAUAUAUGCAAGUGAGUGAGACAUAUAGAAUUACAUUUAAAUUUAAUUUAUAUUCCUUUUUAAUUAGUGGGUUGUGAUCCAUGAUUACUUAUACUACAUUUUAUAUCUCUA